UGUACUCUGCAAUCAGUCGUUCAAUAUUAUGGUAACUAGGUACAUUGGCUGCGUCGCCAUCAAAGGAUCGCAUAGCGGAGCGUCGGAUAGUCUCGUACGCAUUGAUUGCAGAGUGUUCUAAUGCGAAGUACGAUGUAAUCCCAUGCCGAACAGCACUGCUGUUGAUUUCGAGACGUGUCCGGUAUGGAUUCCGCAAUCGGCUCAAUGCAGCAUCAUCCAAUUUUGCGACUGCAUCAUCCAAGGACGCCCCCCGCAAUAGCUUUAUGAAGGCUAUGGCAUCUUUCUGCUUCUGCAGAAUAGCAGCCUCCUCGAGCCUAUCUAUGUCAAAGACACGGUGGAGGGGCUCGUUGGGUGGUAUGUGGGGCUCGUUGGGUGGUAUGUGGGGCUCGUUGGUGGGAGCUCGUCUAGUGGUGGUAUAUCAGGCUCGUCUGGUGGUAUGCGGGGCUCGUCUGGUGGUAUGCGGGGCUCGUCUGGUGGUAUGCGGGGCUCGUAAGGGUCCCCGACCUCAAAACCAUGAUCUACUCCACCAGGAGGAUCAUACUCCAGCUCGACUUGUCUGUCGAGCUGCUGGGGAGGGUCUGAAUGACCCUGUUCGAGGUCUGGCCCUUGGGCAGGCUGCAUACAAAGGCAGUCAGUAAUUCAUUGAAUAGUCACGAAAAUUAGAUGUACUUGGACUU